GGGGACGCCUGGCUGUGCAGUCCCCUCCUCACCGCACCCGGGUUCCUUUUUGAUCGUUGAUCAUGCAUCGGUUGGGGCUCGGGCAUGUAUGGCUGCCAGGAGCGUCGCAGUAGCAGCGCACCAUCAGCGAUGAUCGGAGGAACGUCUUGGACCUUGCUCGUGUUCUUGUCGCGCCUGCUCGGCGCCUCCUAUCGGUGCAAACGCUGUGAUGCGGCGCGAGAGUAUCCGCAUAGAGGCGCAUACACACGUCCAUCCUGCAGGGCCGCCUUGAUGUGGGAUGCAUGCAGUCGGUUAGAACGCCCGUGUGGAACGGCCGGAUCCUCCUUUCCCGGCCUUCCAAAGUCCUUCCAAUCGAGAGCCCUUCCUUCUCCCCAGAGUCGCCUUCGCACUCGGGCUUCGAUGGCACUUAUCAACCCAACAUCCCCGAUUCGGCAAGCCUCGCGCCCAUUCAGCUUCUGGCCACGUCCAGGACCAGUUCUGGAGUCGCUGGCAUUGACUCGCGAAGCACAUCAACAUCUCUUCCCUUCUCACAGACUCGCCCGCCCCCGCGUGCUUCAGGUGCCGGGCAGCAUUUCACAUCCAAGAUACCGACUUGCAUUGCAGCCCUCGACUCCAGUCCGAACAACCGCUGCUUCAGCCCGAGCAAGAACGGCCAAGGAUGAACCCUGUCCAACAGGUAAAUCCACGUGGAUCCUCCCUGCUCGUCAAAGCCGCCUCUUUUCCCUCGUCGGCUCCGUUUAUUUUAUCCCAUGGAACCCUUCCCGGAUGCAUAAGUAAAUUGAUGCGCUCUGACCACAGUGUAUGUCUAGGAACACGGAGGCACGCGAUCAGGCCCGUCUCCAUACUGACGUCGAUCGACUACAUCCGUCGUGCGUGACAUGCACCCGCCUUUCUCUCUGGCGAGGCAAGCAGCCGCCGCAUCCCCGCAUCGGCCUCCGUCCGCCAGCUCCUCAGCCUUUCUGAUAUGCAGCUGCGCAGGCUUUUUUCCACAGCCUCUAGCUCCUUUCGCCCCCUUUUUUUCACACUCCCACCUUCGCGAUUGAUCGUCCUGGACGUUCGGGGACUGCAGGCCAUGUCAGACCACUUUAUUCCAGUAUGACAGAUAAGAACUCAGCGCAGCGGUCUGCGCGUGUUGACCGAAUUCCAAAGGAACCCGCCAUUGGCCGAUGUUGGAAUGUACAGCUGGAAUGUCUCGCCAUUGUUAUCCCUUGUUAACGCCGCGAUCGCAUCUGCAACUCCGCAAUCCUAUACAAUCGAUUCGUUUG